AUGGAGGCGUUGACGAAGAUGUUCUCGCUCGCCGGCAAAACGGCCGUGGUGACGGGCGGGAGUCGAGGUAUUGGGGCAGCUAUGGCUAUCGCUCUGGCUGAAGCUGGUGCAGAUAUCAUUCUCAUCCAGCGCGACGAAAGCAACAAGGAUACAUACAACAAGGUCCAGCAGCUAGGGCGCAAGGCCACGAUAGUCACGGCGGACCUGUCCGACCAGGGAUCCGUUUCCAAGACCAUCCCGGACCUGGUGAAGGCGGGCCAUGAUAUGCACAUCCUCAUCACUUGCGCCGGGAUCCAGAAACGACAUCCCGCGCACCAAUUCCCCCUGGACGACUGGAACGCGGUGCUACAAGUCAACCUGACCACGGUAUUCACGUUAUGCCGCGACUUCGGCGCCUAUCUCUUGUCCAAACCGGCCCCUGCCUCGCCGUCCCAGUCGCGGGGAGCCAUCAUCAACGUCGCCUCUCUCUUGACCUUCCAGGGCGGCAUCACCGUGCCCGCCUAUGCAGCGUCCAAGGGCGGCGUGGCUCAGCUCACGAAGGCGCUCAGUAACGAGUGGGCCAAGGAGGGGAUCAACGUCAACGCCAUCGCGCCGGGAUACAUCGAUACGGACAUGAACGAGGCCUUGAUCGCGAACGAGACUCGGGCCAGGCAAAUCCUCGAGAGAAUUCCCGCGGGACGGUGGGGGACCCCGGAGGAUUUCAAGGGCGCUGUGGUGUUUUUGGCCAGCGACGCGAGUCGGUAUGUGAGCGGUGAAAUCUUGACGAUUGACGGGGGGUGGAUGGGACGGUGA